AUGUCCCUUGGUUUGAUCGCCUUGCGCUGGGUGGCCGUGGCCCUGGUGGUGGUCGUGGCGUGCUCGACGACCUGGGCUCGCUCCCUCGAGGGGUCGUCGCCCCCCGUGGCCUCCCUCCUGGGGGGGCGCAGCCUCAGCAAGCGAGCAACCUUCGACCCUUCCUGCGCGGGCGUGUACGAUCGGGAGCUCCUGGGGAGGCUGAGCCGCCUCUGCGACGACUGCUACAACGUGUUUCGCGAGCCCAAGGUGGCCACGGAGUGCAGGAGCAACUGCUUCUACAACCCGGUGUUCGUCCAGUGCCUGGAGUACCUGAUUCCGGCCGACCUGCACGAGGAGUACCAGGCCCACGUGCAGACGGUGGGCAAGUAG